AUGACAGUGUCAGAGCAGGACUUGUCUUGUCCAAUCUGUUUUCAGAGAUCCAGUGCUCCUGUCCUGCACCCACAGCUUCUGCAGAGAGUGUUUGAAGACCUGGUGGGAAGAGACGCCCUUAAGGAAUUGUCCAAUCUGCAAGAGAAAGACUCGGAUGCUCACAAAAACCACAUCUUCAAACCCAUCGACGAGGUGACACCCGGCUUCAGGAAUCAGCUACAGGACGUUCUCCAGCGUCUGGCCGAACAGCUGCAGGACGUGAAUAAAAGCAAAAUGGAGUUUUCUGCUGCUGUGACUCACGUUGAAGCCCAGGCUCGGCUAACAGAGAGGCAGAUUCAGGAUCAGUUUAAGAGGCUGCACCAGUUUCUAGAGGAAGAAGAGCAGAGCCGGAUCAGCGCUCUGAGGGAGGAAGAACAGCAGAAGAGGAGGAGCCUAUAG